AUGGCAGACUUCGAGCCAACGCUCGAGCGACUUCAAAAGGCAUACGACAGUCCUGAAUAUCAAGAGGGUCUCAAUGUGGCGUUGAGGAAGGCACUCAGGCUGUAUGCCACAGCUGCGGGGCUAGAUUUUGUCCAAGAUAAUGCUGGAAACAUUCACAUCUGGCAGCAUGGACGUGAUCGGGAUCUGGCAAACAUUGCAAUAGCAUUCCAGCUGGACGAGAAUCGGUCAAAGGCAGCGUGCCAGAGUGCCUUCCGGGUCUUCUACGAGCUACAAAGAGAGAACUUGCUGUGCGGCGUCACGUUGCUUGGCUGGACCUCUGUUGGUGACGAGUACGUGGGACGACAUCUCUGGGAGGGCGCAGGCUUGAAAACCCAAAACCAACCUUCCGACCGCGAAGUCCAACAAUUUCCAGACUUUGCGGAUGUAUCGGCGUUCCAGCUAUCUGCUAUCUUCGAGGUUGUCGAGGAACAACAGGAGCAGCUGCAAGUGGAAGGGGCUAAAGUUCUGGUCGAGCAGAUACAGAAACUCUCAGGCCCGCCCACAUCUGCCAGGCUGUCUCCGCGAAAGCAAUUGCGAGCACCAGCGGUGUGGUUGAGGGGGCCAGGAGCGGAGCGUGCAGCGUGUGAAGCGAUCAAGGCGUACAGCAGCUACAUUGGAGCUCUGUUUGACAAUUUCGACUAG